CCCAUCCCAGCGACGCGCUGGCAGGCCGGCCUCAAAAGCAGCUUUGUAGGCGGAAAUCGCACAGCUGCCCGGACCUCUGCGUUUGCCGCUUUCCUCUCGUGGCCAUCAACGCCUCCACGGACGCGCAUUUCCUGCGAGGCCUCUGUGGGCACCGGAGGCGAGCCGAGCCGAGCCGAACGGAGCCGAGCCGAGCCCUACCUUUCCGAGCUGUUCGCCAUGGUGGACGAGCUGGUGCUGCUGCUGCACGCUCUCCUGGUGCGGCACCGCGCGCUGAGCAUCGAGAACAGUCAGCUCAUGGAACAGCUGCGCCUGCUGGUGUGCGAGAGGGCCACCCUGCUGCGCCAGGUACGUCCGCCGAGCUGCCCGGUGCCUUUCCCCGAAACGUUUAACGGCGAGAGCUCGCGUCUCCCCGACUUUAUCGUGCAGACGACGUCUUACAUGCUUGUCAACGAGAACCGGUUCUGCAACGACGCCAUGAAAGUGGCAUUCCUAAUCAGCCUGCUCACCGGGGAAGCCGAGGAGUGGGUGGUGCCGUACAUCGAGAUGGAUAGCCCCCUCCUGAGUGAUUACCGGGCCUUCCUCGUGGAGCUGAAAGAGUGUUUUGGCUGGGAUGACGAAGAAGACGAAGAGGAGGAAGAAUAUGGUUACUAGGCCCGGAGACCCUCGGGCCUAGGGGUUUGGGCCGUGCACGCAGCACCCGGAGCCCUCGAUCCCGCUCCGCCCCUCCCACAGCUUCGUGCUCCCCCGGCCCCCCCGACCUUCUUCCCUACUCCUGCCCUUCUGUUCUUUCCCUUCAUUUCCCGUAGUGCUUGUCUUUGUUCCAAGAGCUGUGCUCCAGUUGCCUGCUGCGGGGGCCUGGGGUUAUCUCUGAAGCGCACUGCCAUCCGCUCUGGCCAGCCCCAAAACGCACCCCUGCUAAUUUGGACUGUGUCCUGAGCCCCACCUGGUCAGAAAAUGCACAGCCCGGCCAACUGCCAGGCCUACAUCGGCCCAGAGACCUACGCUGCCCCUACGCCACCGUCCACUAACUACAUUCCAGCAACAGACCACCACCGCCUUUGGGAAUAAGGACCAACCUAGAAGAUGCCUGCGUUGGUUGCACCUCCUUGGGACAUUGAUAUGGACAUCUCACCAAUCCCUAAAGGGGCCGGUCUUUCAACCUUGGUUAGUUUCAGACCUAUUCCCAGAGUCCUCCCCUCCCCCAUCAUAUUGCUGCGGGGGCUCAGUGUGCCUGGCAGCCAAAUUGUCGACAUUUCUUUUCUCCUAUGCGCCAGUUUUACAUAGCUGUCAUUUUUUUUUGUUUAAAAAUUACAGCAGUCCUACAGAUGUGUGCAUUUGGACAAAAAUACUAAAAGUAAACAAAAACAGGCAUUCAGCCCAGCUUCUCAAUACUAUCUGGAAAACGCACUUGAGUUCUUUUCAAUAAAUACCAAGCAC